AUGAGCACAACUUCCACCACGACCAGCAACAGCACCACUCCUUUUGAUGUGUUUCUCAUCCAUACAAGCUAUGAGAAACGGGUGGAAGUCAGUGCCAUGAAGGACGUCUUGGAAACGGCGGGAUUUAGAUGCUUUGUCGACCGAGAUAACCUACAAGGCAGUCAACCCUACUCGCCACCGGAACAAAUGAAACUGGCACUCGAAGAAUGCCGAUUUGCAGUGGCCACUGUCUCGCAACAGUUCCUAGAACGAAAGGAUCCAGUCGAAGAGCUAUUCUAUGCCUUUCACAGAAUGCUCUGGAUCAGAAAGCACUAUCACUGGCAGUACCUAUGGGUCGUCCUGCUAGAUUUGAGCGUUGAAGACUACAAACGAGUACAGAACCAGCGACCGAAAAAGCUACCUGAACUAUGGUAG